AUGAAUUACUUAAAAUUAAAAAAUGGGAAAGGUGUUAUACAGUCAAUAUAUAAACAAAACUCGGUUAAUAGAUUAAAUAAUAACAGAUUUAAAUUCAACUAUGAACAAAAAAGAAGUUAUUCCUCUUUUAGUAUGAAAGAUGACAAACCAGAAGAACCAAAGAGUGGUUUUGGAUUCAAAUCAAUUUUAGCACUUGGUUUAGUAGUUGCAGCAGGUUCAUAUUUAUAUUAUCUACGUGACAAUGAGGAUGCCUUAUUUUCAAGUAAAUUGCCAUAUCAAAAAGAAGAGGUUGAAAAAUUUAAAAUCUUAAUGAGAGAUAUGAAAAAAAGACAAGAAGAGUUAAAGAAUUCACCACAUCACGAACAAGAAGAAAAACAACAACAACAAGAACAACAAGAAGAAAAGCAACAACAGGAAGAAAAGCAAGAAAAUAAAGAACCAGAGCUCGAACUCGAACCUAUUGCUGUAGUUAUAGUAGAGAAACCCAAAGAAGAAGAAGCUGAAAUCGAACACCAAAAAGAAAAUGUAAAUAAUGAAGAAAAGAAAUCAUUGGGUUAUGGUCACUCAAGUACAGAAUCAUAUGAUGAAAUUAACUCUGAGGAGGCAGAAAUGGAUAAUCUAGAAGAUGCAUUAAAAGAUAACAAUGAUGAGGAUGAUUCAAUUGGUAAAGAGUUUUUUGCAGUUGUUACCGAAGAAAUUAAAGAACAUGAAAAAAAUGAACAACAAGAGGGAGAGCAAAAACAAGAGCUACCAAAAGUUGAAUAUAUCACAAUUGUCGAAGAAAAGAAGAACGACAACGAAGAUGAUAUUAAAGUAGAGUCUACAAAUUCAUCACAUAAUCAAGAACCAAAUAGUUUUGAAGGUGUUGUAUCAAAAGAAACUGAUCCAGAAAAUAUUAUUAAUGAAAUUAUUCAAGAUGUUCUUUCAUUGGUUCCAAUUAAAUUAAAUGGUGAUGAAAAAGCUGAGGACAUUGUUAAGCUUUUAGAAAAGCAAUAUCACGAAAUGGCAAAAUCAAUAAUUAACGAAAAUACAAAAUUAAAAGAAGAACUAGAAAAAAUCAAUGUAAAUAAAGAUGAAUAUAUUAAAUCAUUUGAAGAUUUUAUUAAAGAUAGAUAUAAAGUAGCAUUGGAUGCAACAGUCGAUUUAUUACAUGGUGACAUUGGUGAAAAGUUAAAAGAUAUGGAUAAAUAUAUUCAAGAGAAUGUUGGUGAAAAUCAAAAAUUAGUUAAAGAUACAUUAGAAAGACAAAAAGAAAAUUUAAUUAAUAUUUAUAACAAACAGGCCGAAGCCAUCAAAAAGAGCGAAGUCGAAAAGAGAGCCGUUACACAAUUAACUCAGUUGAUCGUUGAUAUUGAAAAGCUUUUAAGAGAUGCAUCAGCCCAAGGUAAAUUGGUCCAAAGAUCAUUCAAUAAUCUCACCGAUCUCUCACAAUAUGAUGAGUUGAUCAAGGAACUUUUAAAUACCCUACCAAAAGAUUUCAGCAGCAAUGGUGUCAUAAACUUUGAAAAGCUUUGUCAAGAUUUUAAAUCAAUCUCUCAACAAGUCAGAAAAGUUUCUUUGGUACCAUCAGAAGAUAAAAGUUUUCUAGGUUCAAUCUUUAGAUUAAUUGGAUCUUCAUUAAUUAUUCCAGAAAUUGGUAUGGUCAUAGGUAGUGAGCCUGAUGCUAUUUUAGCACGUACCGAAGAAUAUCUCAGAAGAGGCGAUCUUACCAAGGCUAUAAAAGAAAUGGAAACCCUUAACGAAACCCAUAAAGAGCUCUCUCAAUAUACUUCAAAAUGGUUAGAAGAUGCCAAAGAAAGAAAUAAACUUGAAAAUAUUUCAAAACUUUUACAAUUAAAAUUAGAAUUAAUUCAAAAACAACAAUUAGAGCAAAAUCAAAAUCAAAAUCAAAAUCAAAAUCAAAAUCAAAAUCAAAAUCAAAAUCAAAAUCAAAAUCAAAAUCAAAAUCAAAAUCAAAAUCAAAAUAAUAUUGAAGAUAAUAAACAAUAA